AUGUUCUACUACCCCAACGUGCUCCAGCGCCACACCGGCUGCUUCUCCACCAUCUGGCUGGCGGCGACCCGCGGCAGUCGGCUGGUGAAGCGCGAGUAUCUGAAGGUGAACGUGGUUAAGACAUGCGAAGAAAUCCUCGAUUACGUGCUGGUCCGAGUCCAGCCCCCCCUGCCCGGCCUGCCGCGGCCCCGCUUCUCGCUGUAUCUGUCGGCCCAGCUCCAGAUCGGCGUGAUCCGGGUCUACUUCCAGCAAUGCCAGUACCUCGUGGAGGACAUCCAGCACAUCCUGGAGCGCCUGCACCGCGCCCACAUGCAGAUCCGCAUCGACAUGGUGGACGCCGAGCUACCCAGCCUGCUGCUCCCCAACUGCCUGGACAUGAUGGAGACCCUAGAAGCGGCUCCGGACCCCUUCUUUGGAUCGAUGUCUGUGGAGCCCAGCCUCCCUAGCCCUUUCCAUAUCCCUCAGAUCCGACAUCUUUUAGAGUCUAAAACUCCAGAGAGAGUUCCUGAGGAGAUCCCUCCUGAAGAACCUGCAAAGCGCAGAAAGCCAGAAAAGACCCUGGCCACCGUGGUGUCCCCCGAGUCCAUCACGCUGAAGGAGGUGGAGCCCAUCCGCAUCCUGCAGAUUGAGGGGGAACAGGAUCUCCCCGAGGUCAGCCGCCAGGACCUGGAGUUGCUCAUCGCAGAGGAGGACGAGGCGAUUCUGCUAGAGGAGCAGCGGCAAGGUGGGUGUCGGCAGCAGCCGGGCGCUCAUCCUCUCUUUACAGAACCCAAGGAGGUGGCCCGGGCCGUGGAGGGCGACACUGCCGUCCCCUCCCUGUCCCCUCCAGUCCCUAUGCAGGUAGAGGGGCUGGAAGAGCUGCUGCCAGGCCCGGCCCUGGGCCCCGAGGAGCCGAAGCCGACCGGCUGGGAGCCUGGAGCGCUGCCUGGUGAGGUGACGCCCCCCCAAGAGCUGCGCCUGCCGGCUGCACCCAGCCCAAAGAGGAAGGCCCCCUCUCCCGCCGGGCCACCGGCGCGCCGCCGCCGCCGCCAGCUGCUGUUCUGGGACCAGGAGACUCAGAUCUCUCGGGAGAAAUUCCAGGAACAGCUGCAGACCAGAGCUCACUGCUGGGAGUGUCCCAAGGUGCAGCCUCUCAAGAGAAUGACCAGAAGCCCCGCAGAGCUGUUCCGAACCCCGACUCUCUCUGGCUGGCUCCCUCCAGAGGUCCUGUCUCUCUGGGCGCACUGUGCCCGGGCGCCCCCUGGAAUGGAGCGGCCGCCCGCAGAGGUGGCGGAGGCAGAGAGCAGGAAGGUGGAGACCCCAAGUGAGAUUGAGGUCCUGAGGGAGGCCCUGGAGCCCAGCGGGCCCCUCAUGCUGUCUUCAGAGCUCUCCCUGGAAGCUGAAGAGGAGCGGUCUCGCACCAGCCUCGCUCCCCCGGAAGAGCGGUGGGGAUGGACGGAGGUGGAGCAGCCGGAGCCCCCCGCCCUGCCCGUGGUACCCGAACUCCCGGUGCUCAUGGAGCUGCCCUCCGAGCUGCCCCCGGAGCCCGAGCUGCUCACGCUGGAGGCUGUGCACAGGGCAGUGGCACUGGGGCUGCAGGCCAACCGGAAACUGGACUUCGGCAGCCUGGUGCCUCCUCUCAGUCCCCGCAAAAUGGCCGCGCGGGUCUUCUACCUGCUCCUGGUGCUGUGUACACAGAAGAUCAUUCUCGUGGAACAAGAGGAGCCGUACGGGCACAUCCUGAUCCAGCCGGGGUCCAAGUUCUACCAAGGGUAG